AUGGGCGGCAAGGGCAAGGGCGGCAAGCGCCGCGGCGGCGGCGGGCUGGGCGGGGAAGGCGGCGGCGACGGCGGCGGCGAGAGACCCGCGGCGGCCCUCGUCAUCGGCGGCCCCCCGGGCGACAAUGGCGUGAAGGGAAAGGGCGGCGGCCGCGGCAAGGGCGGCGGCGACGGGCGCGCGCCGAGGCAGGGCAAGGGGCGCGCCAGGGGCGACGCCGGCGGCGAGGACGACGCCGAGGGCCCCAGGCAGCGCUUGUGGGCCUGGGCCACCCAGGUGCUGCAGCGCGAGCCCACGGAGGAGGAGCUCAGCCUCCGCAUGGAGGAGACGCCCGUGCCGGCUGGCGGGCGCGGGCGCCCCACCUUCCAGUGCACCGUGGUGGUGCAGCUGCCGCCCGAGGUGGGCGCCGGCCUCGCCACGCGCCCGCAGGGGCCGGUGCAGGGCCGGCCCGCGCCGCGCAAGCGCGACGCCGCCGCCUCGGCCGUGCAGGCGGUGCUCCACGGCUUCGGCGCCGCGCCGCCCGAGGCGCCGCCGCGCGGGGCGGCGCUGGAGGGGCCCGCGCCCGGGGGCGCGCGGCAGGUGGACCCCGCGAAGGCCCGGGAGCUGCUGCUGGCCUGGCUGGUGAAGGUCCACCGGAUGCCGCCGGAGCUGGCGAAGACGCAGGAGGGCGUGGCAGAGUCCAUCAUCCAGCAGCGGGCCAGGGGCGGCGGCGGGUCGACGUACCUGUGCACGAUCAUGGUGCCCGCGCUGCAGCUCGGCCCGGUGUCGGGGCCGGAGCCGAUGGUGAAGAGGAAGGAGGCGAUCAUGGCGGCCUACGCCGCCUGCGUGGCGGAGUGGAACAUCCCGGUGCCCCCACGGUCUGCGCUGUCGCUGCGGUCCAUCCAGAAGCAGGAGCAGCUGAGGUCGACGCGCGAGGAGAGGGCGGAGCAGCAGAAGCGGCUGCAGAAGGAGCAGCAGGAGAGGCGCGCACAGCAGAAGCAGCAGGCCAAGCUCGAGGCCGAGUCGCGCGCCAAGGAGCGGGCCUGGGGCGUCUUCCAGGAGCGCCUGCUGCCCCAGGUCGCGGCCACGGUGCCUGGGGCCGCGGACGGCACGAUGCGCCUUCCGUACCCGCAGCAGGUGACGAAGGGCGGCAGCGACCGAGCCGAGCAGCGCGCCGUGAGCGACCUGGGGAACCUGUGCAACAAGGAGCCCUCGUUCCUGGAGGGCCCCCCGCUCUUCUUCGAGAAGUCCGAGUCGCUGCCCGGCCAGGGGAGCGUGCACUUCGUGGCGGCGGUGAUGAAGGUGCGCGGCGGGGAUGGCCAGAAGUGGGCGCCCGUGGCGGGCUGCGCCUACGGCCCCAAGCGCGGCGCGGCCAAGUCGGCCGCGGCGCGACAGUGCGUGACCCGGAUCAACGUGAAGGCGUCGCUGCCCGUGGCCGCCGAGAUGGCCGACGAGCUCGCCACCCUGCAGCAGGCCCUGGCGGCGGAGGGCAGGGACUUCGCCUCCGUGAGCGAGGUGUGGGCCGAGAUCACGCAGGCCGUCUCCGAGAUCAGGAAGCUGGAGCAGAAGGGCGCCGGCGGCCUCCGCCUCUUCGUGGCCGAGACCCUCGAGAGCGGCAGCGCCGGCGACCCCCUCUCGGGCUCGUUCCGCUGCCUGCUCACUGGCCGCGUGCCGCAGGAGAACGGCCUCCGGGACUUCCGCGGCGCGUCGCCCUCGGGGCGCCGCUCGGCCCGCCUGGCUGUCGCGGCGGCGUGCCAGGACGCGGUGGCGCGCCUGUCGGUGCUGUUCGGUGGCGGCGACGUGACCACGUGGCUGCGCCGCAUGGCCAUCACGCCCAUGGAGCUCGAGGAGCUCCCGCGCGAGACGAUCCACAACCUGCGGCAGUGCGAGAGCCACUCCUGGGGGACCGCCGAGGAGGUCAAGCGCAAGCUGGAGGAGUGGAUGCAGCACCGCACCCGGUACCGGCAGCAGGCGUCGGUGGCCCCCGACCUCUCUGCCCCAGCGCCCGCGGUCGCGGACCUCUACGAGGCGCCCCCUGGCGACGGCAAGGACGACCCCCGCGAGAAGGCGAAGCGGGAGAGGGGCGUGCCGCUGCUCCCGGUGCGCAGCCUGCGCCGGCCCCUGGCCAAGAUCAUGAGCGAGGAGAGCGUCCUGGUCGUGAGCGGCGGGACGGGCAGCGGCAAGAGCACGCAGCUGCCGCAGUACAUCCUCGACGACUGGGUCGGGGCCCCCGCGCCCGAGGUCGAGGAGGGUGCGGCGGCGCCGCCAGCGCCUCGGUCCCGCCGCCCGCGCGUGUGCGUGACGCAGCCGCGCCGGAUCGCGGCCAUCUCCGUGGCCGAGCGCGUGGCCUUCGAGCGUGGCGAGGAGAUCGGGCAGAGCGUCGGGUACACGGUUCGCAACGAUGCCAAGCCUCCGCGGAGGGGCGACGGCUCUAUCGAGUUUUGCACCGUGGGCAUCCUGCUCCGGCGGUUGAUGGACCCGCGGGACCCGGACCUGUCGCGCUACACCCACCUGCUGGUAGACGAGGUCCACGAGCGGGACCUGAUGACGGAUUUCCUGCUCAUCCUGUUGAAGGAGCUGCUGGUGCGUCGCGGUGACAUCCGCGUGAUCUUGAUGAGCGCCACGCUGGACGUGAGCACCUUCACGGGCUACUUCUGGGACUGCUCCUGCCUCGAGGUCCCGUCUGGACCUCGCUACCCGGUGGAGGAGGUCUACCUCGAGGACCUCAUCUACGACCCGCAGUGGGAGGCGGCACAGCGGCAGCAGCAGCUCCAGCAGCAGCUCCAGCUGCAGUCGCAGCCGCAGGAGCACGUGAGCCACGACAUCGCCAACCUGGCGCAGCUGCUCCUCCGGAAGGAGGAGACGUGCCGCAACGCCUUCGCGGCCGAGCGGGCCGAGGCGGCGGCGGAGCGCGAGGGCGAGAAGGCUCUGGCAGGCGUCGCCGAGGCCGCUGACGGCGACCCAGACGCGGACCCAGAUGUCGCCGAGGGCGGCGGCGAAGAUGGCGGGUUCCAGGGCGCCACCACGGGGCUCUGGUGGGGCAGCUUCGAGGACGGCGACGCGCUCAUGGAUCUUUGCGCCCGGCUCCUGCUGCACAUCGUCUUCCGCGGGGAGUCCGAGGCGGGGGGCAUCUUUGACGAGAAGGGCAAGCCUGGCUCGAUCCUGGUGUUCAUGCCAGGCUGGGCAGAGAUCAAGCUCGUGAUGGAGAAGCUGCAACAGUCGCCCCACAUCGAUCGCCUGUGGGUGCUGCCGCUGCACUCAACGCUCCCGAAGGAGGACCAGCAGAAGAUUUUUCAGCACCCUCCGCCGGGCAAGACAAAAAUCAUCAUCGGCACGAACAUCGCUGAGAGCAGCGUCACUAUCGACGACGUGCUCAUCGUGGUGGACGCGGGCCUCAUGCGCGAGCUGUCCUACGACCCAGUUCGCCGCAUCUCCACGCUCGAGACCGUAUGGGUCUCGCAGUCGUCCUCUAUCCAGCGCAAAGGCCGUGCCGGGCGCGUGCGCAACGGCAGGUGCUACCGCCUCUUCUCGCGCGCCCAGUUCGAUGGCACCGCGUGGCGCACGGCGCCCGAGAUGCAGCGCUGCGAGCUCUCGGCCACCUGCCUGCAGGCGCUGGCGAUGAACCGCGAGGUGCGGGACUUCCUAUCCCGCGCCCCCGACCCGCCGGCGCGGCCCUCCGUGGAGUCGGCCCUGAAGGAGCUGGUGCAGCUGGGUGCCGUCGCACCCCCGCCCCGGGUGCCCCAGGGCGUCCUGCGGGAGCGCAUGCUGCCGCUCGGCGAGACGCUCUCGCGCAUGCCGCUCUCGCCCUUCCUGGGCAGGAUGCUCAUCAUGGGGGUGCUCUUCCAGUGCGUGGACACCGCGUGCCUGCUGGCGGCGGUGAUCGCGGCAGCCCGCCGGCCGUUCGUGAGCCCGCCGGGGAAGCGGAAGGAGAGCCUGGGCUACCAGCGCGGCUUCGACAGCACCAGCGACCUCCUGGCCUGCUACGCCGCCGCCGAGGUCUUCGAGGAGAAGGUGGAGAUGCAGCGCACGCGGGGCCUCAACCUGCAGCCAGGCGAGGCACCAGACACCGCCGACCGCUUCGCGGCGGAGCGGUUCCUCGUCCCGCAGCGCGUCCGUACUCUGCUGCGGUCGCGUGACUCGCUGAAGGAAGAGCUCGUCAGAGCUCGUUUGAUCGACCGCACUGCCGCGCACAUGCGGCCGCACUUGUUCCCCAAGGACAACGGUGACGGCGACGACGCGGAUGUGGGCGGUUGGGGCGCCUGGGACGAGCACGAGGGAGGCGACCACGGCGGCUACAACCGGGGCGGUUAUUGGGGUCGCAAUUCCAUGGAGAAUUGGAACAACCCCGAGUGGAUGGCCCUCCACGCGCACGACGACGAGCCCGAGAUGCGCAAGGCGCUGCUCGUGGCCGCCUCCCCGGUCAACGUGGCCUUGCGCAGGCGCCCGUUCCUGGCAAAGCACCGCACGCCCACGGGCCUGGAGGCCAUCGUGGCGCCGCAGAGCGUCAACGCACAGGCCCGCGUGGGCAAGGGCGGUGGCGGGAAGGACAUGGACAGGCGCGGCGGCCCAUCCUGGUGGGCGUACGGCUCCAUGCAGAUCUCCAACAAGCAGGGCUUCCUGCGCACCACCACGCUGGUCGACCCGUACCACAUCAUGCUCUUCGGCGGCCUGUCGGUGGAGCGACAACAGCGCCCUGGCCACGGCAAGGGCGCCAAGGGCAAGGGCAAGCAGGCUGCGGAAGACGACGGCGACGACGGCUUCGCAGUGGAGGGGCUCGACGGGGGUGGCCCUGUUGCUGUGAUCGACGACUGGAUCGAGCUGCAGGGGCAGGAGGAGAGUAUCCGGCUCCUCUCCCUGCUCCGCAGCGAGAUGCGCCGGUGCAUCCACCUCAAGGUGCUCGACCCGAAGGCCCCGCUCCCGGAGGCGUCGCAGUGGAUGCUAGACGAGGCGGUGACGGGAGUCCUGCGCACGGCCACGCGCCGCCAGAGCCGGCUGACGAGUCUCCUGCCGCAGCAGCUGGUGCUCCCUCCCGGAGGCACGCACAAGAUGGCCACGCACAGGCCACAGGGCUGGAGGGCCGAGGGGGCCGAGGGCAGGCCGUCCGAGGGGUGGAGGUCGGGCGGCCGCCCGGCGGAGGACUGGCGGGAGGGCGGCGGGUACAGGGGCAAGGCGGACAAGGGCGGCGGGAAGAAGGGCGGCGGCAAGGGCAAGGUCGCAGACGCCAGCGACUGGGGCGCCCGAGACUGGUCGAACCUGAGGGGCAGUGCAGCCAAGGGUGGCGGGAGCACAUACCAGUGA